GGAUUCCCCCAGUCCGCGCCUUCGUGUCAGCUGAACUGCGCUCCUGUCUUCACCCCACUGUCAGCUACAAGACAAACAUGACAUAUAAAACGUGUGGUGGCCACAGAAUAGAUAUAUCUAGUCGAGGGAGAAGAACACAGGAAAGAGUAAGACGCGUAUGUAGAAGAAGAUGGCCUGUUGGAUUAUUUUAUAUAAAACGGCAGAACAGUCUUUCUGGUCGCAGGUUCCUCAUAUACAGCCCAGCCUCACAUCCAAUUCGCGCAUAUAUGUACAAAAUGUAUUUCAGCAGAUUUCGUGCGUUUUUGUGCAUUUUUGUGUGGUUCACUUCGAUCGAAAAUACACGAAUUUAUGUGCUACUUAAUUCGUGCGAAAAGACACGAAUUUAACCAGUAGGCACACAAGCCUUUGCAACAACCAUAUACGCGACUAUACCUUACCCCUAACCUUAACCAUUCUAACUAUACCUAACCCUAACUCCAACUGGACCUAACCCUAACCCCCACCCUACGGACGGCCUACGCGCAUAUGUGUGGAGUGCACCCCCUUCCCUUCCCCCCUCCGGUUUCCACGUUUCAGAGAUGGAAGUGGAUCAACCCACUCAAAACUAGAAACCAAACUCCUAGGUUGCACUAUGGUUUCCACAUCCGUUGACAAGCGGACCUAGACAUCAUGACCACACCACUCGAUAUGGACACAUGGCAACCAACCGAGGACCAAACCUGCAUAAGGUGCGCAACUCAAGGGAUUUUGCCUGAUCCUACAUCGAGUUUAAGAACAAAAAUUAAAUAUAAACUAUCGCGUCUAUAUGGUUGUUGAAAAGGCUUGUGUGUAGCCUACUGGUUAAAUUUGUGUCUUUACGCACGAAUUAAGCCACAAAAACGCACGGAAUUUGCUGAAAUGCAUUUUGUACAUAUAUGCACGAAUUGAUUGUGAGACUGUGUUGUCAUAUAUAAGUAGCCUGUCCUACAGUAUUGGGACAAAUAUACCUCGUCCAAAGUCUUGGCUAGUUUAUUGACUCACUAAAGUGGUUUGUUUUCGAACUUUACUAUGUGGGAGCGAAUCUACUUUUACGCAUCAUUGAUUUGAUGCGUUUUCGUAAUUGUUAGUCUGGUCCAUUAAUUAUGUCAGUACACUGAAGCUGAUUUAUUAGAAAUUGCUUCACUAAUUCAGUCAUUCAUUGAUGGUUUGAUUGUCUGAUUGAUUAAUACACUUCGUUGACAUAUUAAACUACAGGGGCAGCCAUGACAGGAAGGUUGAUGCUUGGCAUUGUUGCGUCACAAUACAAAAUGCCUCUGAUGACGUAAUGAUCAAACACCAAGCUGCCACUGGUGAAAUGACGGAUCAUUAGCUGAUUGAACUACAAGGUGAACGAAUUUAAUGGUGCCGAAAGCCACUUCCUAUUCCAAGUAUUCAAGACUAGAAGGAGCAUUCUGAUUAGAAUACUGCAGACCAGUGAAUGAUGAAUAGGAGGCCCAACCUGAAUGGGUCUGGAGGACCAAGGUCCAUCGGUGUUCCGCUACUCUGUCCUUCUAACAGAGUGCUGCUGGAGAGAGAAGAGGUCAGCCAGGCCCCAGUGAUGGCCUCCUCUUUCAGGCCCUCAGCGUUCCCCUCCCUGCAUGUUGUACCUCAUGCUCCCCCUCCUGACGACGUCAGGCCCAAGAGGCCCACAGCUGCCCACAGAAAGAGGAGAGACCUCCAGUCCCUGGUUCCUGUCCAGGAUGGAUGUCGUGAGUCUCCCGGUUGGUUUAACAGCAGCAGCUCCCAGCUACCUGCCAAAACCAACAGACGCAGGCGCAACAAGGAGCUUUCCUUCACUGAGGUUCUGAAGAACUACAAGCUUCUGCCUGAUUCCCGGCCCAGCAGCCCAGAGAGCCUGUACCAGCCUGAGUCAAUGAUACCUAGAAUCUCUGUCAGCAUCACUAGACCUGAGGGGAGGCCUAGCAACCCUCAACGCCCCACUAGACGGCCUGUUAGCCCCGUAGGCCUGGUCCAACCUGAUGUACAGCCUUCCAGACCUGAGGGGAGGCCUAGCAACCCUCGGCAACCCAGACGGCCUGUUAGACCAGUGGGCCUGGUCCAGCCUGAUGUACAGCCUUCCAGACCUGAGGGGAGGCCUAGCAACCCUCUGGGCCCCACUAGACGGCCUGUUAGACCAGUGGGCCUAGUCCAACCUGAUGUACAGCCAUCCAGACCUGAGGGGAGGCCUAGCAACCCUCUGGGCCCCACUAGACAUGGCCUGUUAGACCAGUCAGCCUGGUCCAGCCUGAUGUUCAGCCUUCCAGACCUGAGGGAAGGCCUAGCAACCCUCGGAGCACCACUAGGAGAAAAGUUAAGCCCAGUAAUCCUGUGUGUUCCAUUAUGCUCGAGUCCCAACCUACCAGUCCUGUGAGCAUCACUACCAGCACUGUGGAUGUAGUCCAGCCUGAGUCCCGUCCUACCUGCCCUCUGACCCUGGAGGAGCCGGCCCUUUCAGAGUCAUGCAGCUUCAGCAACAAUGUGUUUGUUCUCUCCAUGCCGAAAGCUGCCCAGCCAGAGGAGGCUGCCAGAGGGAGCAGCAGCCCACCCAGGGACAUCAUCAGGCCUGAGGCCUUCGUCCAGACAGGACCCCUGCUGGCCAGGAGAGCCCAGAGGGAUGCUCCUACUCCAAAGGUCCCCAAACCCCCGGUGGCCCCCCGGCCCAAACUGCUGCCCUCCCUGGGCCAGGGCAACGUGUCCCUGGUCAGUGCCAACGCCUGGGAUGAAAGGACCAAGAAGAAGAGAAAGAAAGGAGUCAGAGUUCAGAGGUCUAGCCUGGGUCUGAGGCAUAUCCCCCGUGACCUAGAGCUGGCCAUGAUGAGACCCCGUCUGGUCAAGUCGGCCGUUCCCUCCCAGCAGCCCUACCAGCCGUGGGACGACGAGGACGAGGUGGACAUCUACGCCCUGAGGCGAACAGCCUACAUGUGUCCCAUGUACGACCAGGAGGAGAGCAGCGUCAGGGGCAACAAGAGGGUGGCAGUGGAGGCCCUGGACAACAUUCCUUUCAGAAGGAAGAUCACCUUGUGUUAUUUCAUGGGGGGUCGCAGGGUCAUGCUGCCAAAAGACUACUAACCUCACCCCCCUCAAUUUCCACAACAACCUCCCUUUGUCCCAGACAGCGAAGAACAGGAGACACACAGAGAGACACCAACAGGGCCAUCAGAGGGACUGAGACCCUCUCAGUUGAGGUUAGGAAUGUCAGCUACUAAAAGGCUUCUAUAGACCAUCUCUGUAGCAAGAGAACCUCCAGUGAUCAGACUGAGAUGUCCUCUGUCUCCCCUCCCCUCACCACUCCUCCCCCAAGAUGACCCCUUCACCCUGCCUCCCCUCACCACUCCUCCCCCAAGAGGACCCCUUCACCCUGCCUCCCCUCACCUCUUCUCCCCCUCGAGGACUACAGUCUCUUAUCUCUAAACCAGUGUUGGGGUCAGUUCAAUGUCAAUACAGUCAAUUCAGGAAGUAAACUGACAUUUUCUCAGAGUGGUAUUGAGGAAAAUUGGAAUUGGACUUUCAGUUUACUUCCUGAAAUGUAAAGGAAUUGACCCCAACCCUGAUCUAAAUAAACUACUAGAUCUCUAUGAUGACAGAGUCUCAGACAGAA